UCGAGACGCCUCCAAGCAGACUGAAACGUUGACAUGUUGUCACCGCGACAUCGCGACUCUUCAAAAUAGCGGCUUGUAAAGCACGUACACGCACAUGUCCGGUUGAACAUGGUGCACGUACACGCGCCUGUCCGGUUGAACAUGGUGCACGCGGAUGAAAUCGCCAAGUUGUGCUACGAGCGUUUCCGCCAGCUUCCCCGGAGAGGGAAGCCCGAGCCGGGCAGAGAGUGGACCCUGCUGGCCGCCGUAGUCCAGGUCACCCGGCGCGCUCUCUCCGACUCAGUUGAGAAGCAGGUUGUGUCCCUGGGAACUGGGACCAAAUGCAUUGGACAGACAGCGAUGAGUCCCAAAGGGGACGUCCUCAAUGACAGCCAUGCAGAAGUCAUUGCUAGGAGGGGAUGCCUCAGGUACCUGAUCCAGGAGCUGCACAGGGCCGUGAGUGGUGGGGACAGCUCUGUGUUUUGUCCGGCAGAUCAGCGGAAGUGGAGGCUUCGGCCCGGAGUUUCCUUCCUCUUCUUCACCAGUCACACUCCCUGUGGUGACGCCGCCAUCAUUCCCAUGAUUGACAGCCAGUCCCAGCCCUGCCCUCCUGUCACAUCUGUUGAGAGCCACAGAGGAACGGAUGGAGGAGGAGACCUGAAAAGGGGAGCAGAGGAACCAAGUGAAGGAAAACACACUAAGCUGCCCCGUCUGGAGGAACAGGAGGCGGAUGUGGAGGACGGAGGAGACGCAAAACAAUCCCCUCCAGAUCCAUCGCAGAGUCGCUCCCCCAAGACAUCUGGCCCCUGUGACUGCACAGGGCUGCCGCCACAGGGGCCAGAUGUUCACAGGACGGGGGCCAAGUGCGUCUCGGGCGGGCCAGCCGACUCCCUGCGCCCCGGGGCAGGGUACCACAGCACAGGGGUGCUCCGGGUGAAGCCUGGGCGAGGAGAGCCGACCCGGUCCCUCUCCUGCAGCGACAAGCUGGCCCGCUGGGGGGUGCUGGGCUUCCAGGGCGCGCUGCUGUCCCACUACCUGCAGGACGCGCUCUACUUCAGCACCGUGGUGGUGGGGAAGUGUCCAUACAGCCAGGAGGUCAUGCAGAGAGCUCUGAUUACAAGAUGCUCCCAUGUGUCAGACCUCCCUGCUGGUUUCUCUGUGUGUCCCCCUGAGCUGCUCCGGUCCAGCCUGGAGUUCCCCUUCAGCCAGGCCCAGACCGAGCUCUGUCACCAGGCGGGACGGGGACGCAUCUCGCCCUGUGGAGCAGCCAUCAGCUGGUGUAACGUGACCGAGCGGCCACUAGAUGUCACCGCCAACGGCCACAAACACGGAGUCACCAAGAAGGCCUCAGGCACAGCUGGAGCCAGGUCUCUCCUGUGUAAACUGGAGCUUUUCCAUUCCUUCCUGUCUCUGGUGGCGGACACGGAUCCUGGAGCACUUCCCGACUCCCUCAGGAGAACAGAGCUGACGACGUACUGGGACUUCAAGCAGGCUUCCCAGUCCUACCAGCAGGCCUGGCAGCAGCUGCGCAGCCAGGCGUUGCCUCUGUGGCCGCGCGCCAACAGAGAUCUCCUGCUCUUCCACUGAAACGCCACGCUGCAGCUGGAGGAGUCCAGCUGGUCAGCGAGGUCCGGGGUGUGGAUGAAUAUAGUCUGGCUAUGUUUGACUCUCCACAGCCCAGGGGGCCACUGCUCGAGGACACCCUGCUCCCUCGUGCCGUUCACAAGAGGUUGACGACCGCCGCUCUGUCCUCAGAUGGCGGUUUCAUUUCCCCCCGGGUGUGUGUGUGACAUGUUGCGACUGCAGCUGUCUGGACCUACCUGUACCUGUCCUCCGACAAAGUGACCACAGUAAUGGUUCCACACGUGUCUGCAUUCAGCUUGUGAUGUACCUGUGAACCUGACCAGGGGGCCUCCGGUCCUCUGGGACCCUGAACUCACUCGUAAAGAACAAGUUGACUGCAUAUUUCCCCCGGACGGGACACCGGAUCAGGCAGGGACGGAGGCCGCUUGUGUUCUUGUUUAGCUCAGCCGGUUCCACUGACCAGUCACGACCCACUUGGGCUCGGCUAACGCCGGAUAGACCGCUACGACCAGGGAGGGUAUUUAAUGUUAUUCUCAUUCCUCUGCAGAGACUUUGAGGGGGCAUCGAUUUACUGAUAAUACCUCCUGGCCGAGCUCAGGAAAAUAGUAUCUCUAUUAAUCUGCUGUUAGGGUUUUUCACCCUACGUGUAACCGACAACAUUUUUAUGUCCACAGACAAAGGGUCAAAGGGUCAAAGAGUCUCUUCAAAGGUUGACACAUUAAGAACCGUUUAUUCAUCCUGUUCUACUCGGCUUAUGGAAACAGUUGUACUUCGUACUUGUACAGCUCUGUGGUGAUGUUUGGCAAGUAUAUUGUUUACCAUAAUCUUUUUUUAGUGCGUUAGCAUGCUAUCAGUCGCUAGUUAGCACUAAACACAAGGUUGUAGUCAUUAAUUUCAAACAGCGUGAUCGUGAUAGUCCCGCAGUUGACACCCACAUGAUCAUUAUCAUUGGCUAAGACGAGCAGAGGACUAAGCUGACCUGUGAUUGGCCGAAUUCUCAUGGCGAUACACUUUCUAAAGCCUGAAAACAACCAGGAGGAAGUGCAGCAAUCUAUUUUAUUUCUCAAACUACUUGCUUUACAACAUGCCAAAAGGUUAUUAUGGUAUUGUUCCCCAAUGACCGCCCCCCAAAAAACUGCCAACCCCA